AGUGUGUUAUUAAAUAUAUUUUAUUUGUUUUAUUAUUAUUUUUGCUAACUAUAUUGAGGGUAUAAAUAUUUUUGAUAAAAAAAUUAUCAUUAGUCAAUUUGCUGAUGAUACAGCCUUAUUUCUUAAGAAUGAACAUAUGAUUCCUUUAGCUGUUAACAAAAUAAAUAUGUUUUCAAAAGCAUCUGGACUAACUUUAAAUUUACGUAAAUGUGAGAUUUUGCCUGUACACCAUUGUAAUCUAAAAAAUAUUGAAAGCAUUCCAGUUAAAAAUGAAGUUAAAUACCUUGGAUUGAUAAUCACAAAAAACGGUGCUGAAAGGGAAAAUGCAAACAUUUUACCUAGACUGAAUGAUGUUAAAAAAGUUUUUAAUCAUUGGCUGAGUAGAGAUCUGUCAAUUUUGGGGCGUAUAUUACUAUCUAAAGCAGAAGGUCUCUCGAGACUUACUUACCCCUGCCACUCAAUCUUUACUUCUAAUAAAACAAUACAGACAUCCAACUCCAUCAUUUUUAAUUUCAUUUGGAGGAAUAAAACUCAUUAUAUUCGAAAAAGUCAACUGGUAAAAGAUUAUGAAAAUGGAGGUUUAAAAGCAUUAAACUUUGAAUCCAUUAUUGCUGCGUUCAGAGUUACAUGGCUGAAAGAAUGUUUGUCCUUAUCUGACUCUUUAUGGUACCACAUUCCAAAUAAGCUAUUUAAUAAGGUUGGAGGUUUAGAUUUUCUUCUUAGGUGUGACUUUGACCUCUCCAAACUACCUUUAAAGAUAUCCCCAUUUCAUAGGCAAGCGCUUCAAUUUGGGAAAUUGCUUUUUACUCAUAACUUCACUCCCCACAACACAGUGUUGUGGAAUAAUAGAGUAAUCACUAUCAAUAGGAAAUCUUUAUUCAAAUCAGACUGGUAUGAAAAUGGUGUAUGUUUCGUACUUGACUUGAUGCAAUUGGAUGGUCAUCUGUUAUCCUAUGAAAACUUUGUCAGUAGAUUUAGAAUUAAAGUCACUUGUAAAGGGUAUGAGAAAGUAUGCAAGGCUAUACCUACACCGUUACUUAGAAUGAUUCAAAAUAUAUUACUUUAUUCACCAAUCAAAACAUGCUUGACAUCACUAGCCAUUGACCACAUCAAUCUGUUGGAUAAGAAAUGUAAUAAUAAAUGGGUUAGUCGGACAUUCAACCAAUUACACUUUUGCAACUUCAAUUGUGAUACUCGACAAGAUUUAAAAAGUUCUUUUAAAAAAAAAACUUUUAUUUUCUAUCUGUCAUAUCCCGUCACGCCUAAAAUGAAAGAGACACAUUUUAAAAUUAUUUCUGGUAUAUAUCCUGUUUCUGAUUUUCUACACAAGCGUUUCCAUUUUGAACUGGAAGAACUCUGUACUUUUUGCUCAGCUGAAAAAGAGACAAUUGAACAUCUAUUUUUCAACUGUCAACAUGCUAUGGACUUCUGGACUGCUAUACAUGGUUGGAUAUCAUUACAAAUUCCAAAUGUACCCCCUUUUAUUUUGAAUGAUGUCAUCUAUUAUAUGGACAAUUUGGACUUGACAAUUUCAGACACUGUUAAUUUUGUUAUUGUAAUGGGUAAAUUUUUUAUUCAUACCUGUAAAUGGAGAAGCUCCACUCCUAUUUUUGCUGUAUUUCUAAACUAUUUCUCAGAGUAUUUCAAGUCUUUAAAAUUUGCUUGUGAUAUAAACAGGAAAUCCUCAGUAUUAUAUAAUAGUAUUAAAAGAUCCUUGCUUUUUUAACUAAAUAAGUGUAAUACCUUGCCUUAGUGUGCCUAAUUUUAAAAAAAGAAAGAAAAAAAAACUGUUCUCCACUUGUUCUCUCAAGAUGUAUGUUACAAUUCUGUGAACUGUCUUGAACUGUACAUACUUCAAUUAAUUAAAUAAUUUAAAAAAAAAAAAAAUAAUAAUAAUCCUUCUUCCUUGUUUUGAACGUAAAACGUUCGGCGGCACCGCCCCCGUCGCUGCGUGCUCGUUCACGUCGCGCCGUUCACAAGUGGACGCCCUGCUGCGUCAUUUGCGCGCCGCCUCGCUCACGAUGCGCUUCUUUGCCCGACAUCCUAAAGAUAGAUGUUCCGAUUUCAGAUGACGACUGGCAGGAGGAGCACAAGCGUCUGGAUGAGCUGGAGGCGGGGCUCGGCCUGGGAGGAGGAGGAGGACUGGGAGGAUAACCGGACUUAGGAGGAACCCAACACUCUUCCUUCUCCUCCUCCUCCUCCUCCAGCCGUCUGCCUCCAUCAGCCGGCUGCCUCCAUCAGCCGGCUGCCUCCCCCUUCCAUCCUCCCUUCCUCCCCUCGGCUUCUCCUCGUCUUCCUCCAGGCUGCCUCCACCAGCCAGAGUGAGAUAGACGAGCUCCAAAAGGCUACAGGUGGAAAGAUUCAUGAUGGAUGGAUCGGCCUUCAGCGAGAUCCCAACAACAAGACUGCUUGGAAGUGGUCAGGAGGAGGACACAUUACAUACCAGAACUGGAAGGAUGGAGAACCCAGUAAUGGGGCCAAUGAGAACCGAGGAUUCAUGAAUUCUGAUGGGGAAUGGCAUGAUCGUCCUGACAAACGUUCCUACCAUUUUUACUGCAUGGAUGUGACUGUGGUGGAGGAGAAGAUGUCCUGGGAGGACGCUCUGAGCCACUGCAGAGAGAAACAAACUCACCUCCCCAGUCUGCUCUCUGAGACCGACCAGCUCCUGGCCCAGACUGAGAUCGAGAACAAGAACAUCAGUGAGCGGCUGUGGAUGGGCCUGCGUUUCCUGGGUGACGGCUGGAUGUGGGUGAACGGUGACCCUCUGGAAUAUGAGGCCUGGUCCAGACAAGGAGAUCAGGACCACCAGUGUCCAGUCAGGAAACGCUGUGGAACUUUAACCAAAGACGGACUGUGGGAGAACUGGGACUGUCAAGAUAAAUUCAACUUCAUCUGCAUCUGAAACAUUCUGUAGAGAUGCUGCCAUAUUUGUACUGUAGAGGUGAAUCUAAACUGUCGUCUUCUAUUUCUGUUUCUGUUGUGACGUUAAAUUCAUGACUUGUUUUAUGGCUCUUAUCCAGGUUGUUUUCUCCUGACUAGAUCCUUGCUUGUGCUGUUUCUACUCUCAGAUGUAUGUUUCUUUGGAUAAAAGCGUUUGCUAAAUGGAACUGUAGAAUUAUGUGGUGGUAAGUACCUGUCAGGUGGAGGGUUUUGUGUGCUUCAUGACCUUGUUUAGUGACUGAAAUUAGAAUACACGGUUCAGGACAUUUGAAACGAUCAGUGAUUUUCAUAGUAUCCCGUGGUGACGUUGUUGUAGAAUAAAGUUAACAUGCUAUCUUGUUCAAAGUUAGGGUUAGGAAUCAAAAUAAUGACGUGUUCCAUCCUGUUUUAUCACUUUCUGUAAUUGAUUUAUUUUAAAAAAAAACUGUUUGCUGCUCAAACAUAAAUGUCACAACUGAUGCACUUUGUUUAGAAUUUAGUGGUUUGUACCUGUCAGGUGGAGGGUUUUGUAUGUUUAAUGUUCUGUGACUGAAAUUAGAAUACAUUGUCAUGACAUUUGAAAAGAUCAGUGAUUUUCAAAGUAUCCUGAGGUGACGUUGUUGUAGAAUAAAGUUAACAUGUUAUCUUGUUCACAGUUUGACCGUUUCAGGAUGUUAUGAUCAAUAAAUAAGUAAAAUAUU